UAAGAAUUAGUCUUUAAAAUUAAUUUGAGAGACGCUAAUUUCAAACUCAAUAUUAGCGAAGAUAUUAAACACUAUUUAUUAAUAGUGUAUGUUUAUAUAUAUUUUUUAAUAAUUAAAAACAUUAAUUUUUAUAGAUAAUUUAAAAACCGCGAAUAGAUAAUAUUCCAUAUUAAAAAAGUUAUUAAAAUGGCUAACAGAGAAGAUUUUAGAUAGAAAUUUAGAGAACUUGAUGCUGUAGUUAAUCAAGGUAACAAAAAAGAAAAAAUGCAGAUUGUUACUAACGAAAAAAUGAUUAAUUCAAAAACAAUACAUAUGAAUUUAGAGGAUCACACUAUAGGUAACUUAAUGAGAAUGCAUUUGCUUAAGAAUAAAGAAGUAAAGUUUGCAGGGUAUAAAGUUCCUCAUCCUCUUGAGCCUAAGCUUGAGUUGAAAGUCUAAACAGUAAAAGAUAAUACAAAUUAAAUUUUGAUAGAUACUAUUGAUACUAUUAUGAGAUAAGUCGAAACCAUGUAAGAUAGUUUUCUUCAGUAGGUUAGAUUAUGGGAGAAUUGA